CUGUCUAGAAUAUUUUUAAAGUAUUUUCUCAAGUGCUGAUUUCGCAAUUGUAUAUAUUUUUCAUGGAAAUACUUUAUUUCUCCAUCUAUUUUGAAUGAUAGCUUUGCUAGAUAAAUUAAUCUGAGUUAGAAACUAUUUGUUCGUAGGACUUGAAUCACUGAAUUCCAAGCUCUCUUGGCCAGUAGGUUUAUGCUGAGAAGUCUGCUGUAAGUCAAAUUGGUUUACCUUUAUAUGUGACUUUUUUUCUUUCAUUGCUUUUAAAAUUGUAGGGUUUUUAUGGCAGGAUAUCUGAUAAUUAAAUAAGGAUGAGUUUUUUUCUUUUUGGGUCAUAUUUGUUUUGAGUUCUGUAAGGGUUGCUUAGUUUUAUUUUAAACGUUUUUCAUAUAUGCUGUACACUAGCAAAAAGAGCUUCGUUAUGUUUGUGUUAUGCCUAAGUUAUAUGACCAAAGUACCUGUAAUGUCUUCAUACUAUUCUGUAUGUGCCAUUUUUCUGGAUGACCUAAUUGAUAUGUUAAUCAAUGCUCCCCUCUGCAAAGAACUGUAAAUUCCUGGGAAUCUGAGCUAAUUGAUAUGUUAAGCAUUGCUGCCCUCUGCAAAUGACAGAUGUUAACUAAAAUUGAGUGCUAAAAUAAGUUGACAAAGGAUUGUUAAUUCCUGUGGGACUUCUCUGUCCUCUGUGAAGGGAAACAAAGGUCUUCUCCAUUCCUUAGCAGAUCAAAGAUUUUUCAUCUCCUGGUCCACAUCCAUAACCCCUUACUUUGUAAACUGUGCUUUCUUCAAAAAGUCUGAAAAGUUUUGAGGGAGACACACAGCUUUUGCAAACUCCAACUGCACUGUGUUGCUGGGCCCAGGAUAAAAUAAAUCAGCGCUGCUUUUUAAAAACAUGUCUUGCCCCAUUUUUGGAUUCAAGGUUGGGGGGGUAGGGGCUCAUUUUUGGACUACAAGAAUAUAUUAGGACUUUUUUCUAUGACUUCAGUAAACAUGUUAAUAAACCUACGUAUGUUAUCUAACUUCAGGUAGUCUUACAUUCAUCUUUUCAUUUCACCUAGUAGUUGCUGGAUAAGCUUCUCUUGUGUGUAUGUGGCUUCUUUGAGUACUUCAGUGUGAGUCAUUAAUUUGUCCUCUAUUUUAGACACUUUCUUCACAUUGGUUAUCUCUGCAAGUUAUGAAUGCCAUACAGUUUUUUUUUAAACUUUAGGCAUUUCUCUCUGACAUCUUUUUGAGAAUUCUAUGUAUUUUUGUGAGUAUAGUAUUCAAGUUUUGAACUGUUUUGGUUAGCUUGGAUAGUUUUUAAAAUUUGUUUCCAUUGUAUUUACUGUGCAUAUAUUGAGAGAAACUGCUUUGACCUUUCAAUUCAUUUUCUCUUUGAACUUACCAUUUUCUUCACCCCUUCAUUAACUUCAUAGAGUUCAGGUAUCUGAUAUUUAGUUUCCUCUCACUUCAGGAUCUCUUUCUCUGCCUUGGGAGAGUUGGAGGAACUUGGAGGACUUGUGUUGUGUUGUUUCCUCAUGUUCCUAUGUGAAUGUAUAUCUGGGUUUUUUGGAUAUAUAUAUAUUUCAUUUAUGCCCUCCUAUUUUCCCCUUCCUUUUUGUGGAGAAGUUUGAUCCAGGUUGAGGUCUUGAAGAGUGAGAAGAGUUUGUGACUUAUAUGGAGAUUUAGUGGCAUAUUGCUUCCACAUGAAUAAUUUUCAGAUUUGUAAUUCCAGUGCUAUUUCCUCUUUCUGUUAUUUACUUUAAGUGAUUUGGACUCUGUCCCUAUGUUUUGCAGAAAGGAUUACUUCUGUUUAUAGCAGCACAAACAGAUUGAAACAUACAACAUGGCUAUAUGACAGUCCUUGCAUUUGUGCUUCCUGCCUUUCUCUAUCCUGUAUUCACACCAUAACUAUUUAUUUGUAGUAGUUUUGCAAUGCUGUAGGUGAGGUGGAGGGAGGAGGAUGGAAAGUGGUUGGAUGAGGAAUGGAAGACACUAGGGAGAAAGGGGAACAGUGAUAGAUGAGAAGAAAAGUUUGAUGUGGGCUCUGAUUUUAUUGAAGUACUUUUAGUUGAGUUGAAGGGUUAGUGUCAGAGUUUUAACAGUCUAUUUGUGGGGUUAAAAGUGAGGCGUGGGAGAAAGGAGGUUUACUUUGUGAUUGAAGAAAACUGUGGUUGUCAGAAGCUGCUGAUAUGGAGGACAAUAGGGCUGCUGGUGUGCCUGGCGUUUCUGGUGAAGUGUGUGAGAUUCUCCAAAUGUGUUCUUCGGAGCUUCAGGAAAACUGUGCCCCCAUCUUUCUUGCCAUCCAUGGGCCAGUGGGCAGUUAUCACUGGAGCAGGUGAUGGGAUCGGAAAAGCGUAUGCAUUUGAGCUAGCAAGACGAGGACUCAAUGUUGUACUCAUCAGCCGGACGCUGGAAAAACUCCAGACCAUUGCCACUGAGAUCGCAGGUUCUACUGGGAGAAGUGUGAAGAUUAUACAAGCAGAUUUUACCAAAGAUGACAUCUAUGAAUAUAUUAAAGAAAACCUUAAAGGCUUAGAAAUUGGAGUCUUAGUCAACAAUGUUGGAAUGCUUGCAAGCCGUGUCCCGAGCCAUUUCCUUACCACACCGGACAGCAUCCAGAGCCUCAUCCACUGUAACAUCACCUCGGUAAUCAAGAUGACACAGGUGGUCCUGAGACACAUGGAAUCAAGGAGGAAAGGUCUCAUCUUGAACAUUUCUUCAGGGGCAUCCCUCCGUCCUUGGCCUCUGUUCUCUCUGUACUCAGCUUCCAAGGCUUUCGUGCGCAUGUUUUCCAAGGCGCUGCAAAUGGAAUAUAGAGAGAAAGGGAUCAUUAUCCAGGUUCUCACCCCGUUUGCUGUUUCUACUGCCAUGACAAAUUAUCGAGACACCAGCAUGAUGACCAAAAGUGCUGAUGGAUUUGUGAAAGAAUCACUGAAUUACGUCAUGGCAGGAGACGAAGCCUGUGGUUCCCUUGCCCAUGAAAUCUUGGGACAAUUUCUGAACCUGAUCCCAUCUUGGAUCUUCUACAGCCAGGCCUUCCAGUCUCUCCUCCUGACAUGCCAGUCAGAUGACAGAACACAGAACCGCAAAGUCAACUAACGUGGGCGACGUGCUGGAGGUCAGCUUCGCCUCUCUUCCUGGUGUUCUUCGUGGGCUGAGGAGGACCAGAGGAGCUGACCAGAACCCUUCGCCUCCCUGAAGCUGGAGGUGGCCAAUGUCACAGACACAGGACUUACAGUACACAUUUUUGUGCCUUUACUCCAGUCUUGGGAAAGCUGUGAUGUGCAAACAUGUAUUGUGCUGUGGAGUGGAACAUUCCACGUGUGAGGAGAGGAGGGUGCCUGUGGGUAACACUUGAAGAAUUUCUAUAGAGAGCUUAUUAAAUAAAAGUGGUGAGCAGAA